GGAUGCUGUGGCCUCUUCCUUUUCCUCCCGCCUCACCAAUUAAUGCUUUUAUUUAUUUAUUAAUUCAUCGCUGAGCAGCUGCUCCGCGAUGCCCGGUGGGCGAGCGGCGGGGUCGGAGGGACGCCGCGGCUGCUCCAGGUGGACCCGUGUCCUUUUUGGCCGCAACAUGGCGGGCAGGGAGCCCUUCACGGCCGUGCUGUCCGCGCUGCGCCGCUGCUACGCUGAGGUCUUCCCGCUGGAGACCUUCGUCCGGCGUCUGGGGGACGGCGGCCCCGGGGACGCCGAGGUGCUGCGGGCCGACGACGCCCCCGGCUACCGCAACUUCGUGGGGCAGUGCCUCGUGUGCGUGCCCCGCGGCGCCCGCGCCAUCCCGCGUCCCUUCACCUUCCAGCAGUUAUCUAGUCAGAGUGAGGUCACCGCAAGAGUCGUUCAGAGACUGUGUGAAAAAAAGAAGAAGAAUGUCCUCGCAUAUGGAUACUCCUUACCGGAUGAGAACAGUUCUCAAUUCCCAGUCAUGCCACUUUCAAAGAUACACAGCUACCUACCCAAUACUGCCACAGAAACUCUUUGUAUCAGCGACUUCUGGGAGACACUGUUGAGCCGGAUAGGGGAUGAUGUGAUGAUGUAUUUAUUGGAACACUGUGCAGUCUUUAUGCUGGUACCCCCUAGUAAUUGUUACCAAGUUUGUGGUCAACCAAUUUAUGAACUUAUUUCACGUAGUGUAGACUCAUCCCUGGUAUUUGUUAGACAAAGGUUCUCAAAGUAUAAACGUACUAGCUUGCUUAAAUAUAUGCGAAAAAGGCUUAUGUUUCAUAGAAAUUAUCUUUUAAAGUCGUACAGACAAAGAUGUGAAGUUAAUGUCUCCAGAAUGAGAAAUGAAAGAAAGAACAAGAGACAAAGCUUAGUGCCCACUGACCAGUGUUCUGCAAAAGCUGUUUCUAAAGCAAGCAAACAGAUCAGAAUGGUUACUGAAGAUCAGGAAAAACAGAGUAGCUCCAGUUCAUGUGUUUCAGCCCCAGCUCCAUCUUUAAAAAGGAAGAUUCAUAGAGAAAAAUCUGAAAUUCCAGCCAAGAGGGCAAAAACAGGGGAGAAAGUGAGAGAGGAAAAGGCUUGUAGUCUUCUUCCUGAUGUAAACCAAAGUAGGUCUGAAAGAUCUGAAACUGGGUAUGUAGCACCACAUUCUGAAAGUGUCAUUAAACCCCCCCGUAUUUCUGAAAGAAGUAACAGUGCUGUGUCUGGUCCUUCUUUAGUUCACACAUCUCGUGGCAGGGGAAAGUUUAUGGCAGGCUCUCUUCUGCAGAGAUUUCAGAGUAACAAACCUUUAGAGUCCAACAUUGAACUGCAAGCAGAAUCCCGUAGGAAAAGAGUAGAGAUUCGUAUGCAUGAAUCUCAUUUGGCUUCAGGACAAACCAAACCUGUGGAGGGUACUUCAAAAUGCAGAGAGCAGGAAAGUCCUCAACCUCGUUUAUCAAAGAAGUUACCAAAUAGACUCCUGAGUUCUGCAGCAUGUAUUGGGAGGAAGUCUCUUCUCUAUUCUUGCAGGAGUUUCCAGGAAUGUUUUCCUAAGUCAUUUGUAUUGAAUCGCUUGCAGGGCUCUGAGGCAGGUGGAAGACGGCUUAUAGAAGCUAUAUUCUUAAACCAAAAUCAGGUGCAGCAAAGGCAUAACCAAAGUCUGCCAAAAUGCAAGCGGAGAAAGAAGACGUUGCCCAAACGCUACCGGCAAAUGAGGCACACAUUUCAGGAACUGCUAAACAACCAUGGAAAAUGCGCUUACUUAGCUCUCUUGAGAAAGAAUUGCCCUGUUUGGAUAUCUGAAAUCAGUAUGAAAAAAAUCAAGCUGUCUUGUCAGGCAGCCUUGCCUGGGGAAGCAGAGGUUCAGAAGCAAGCAGAACAGUUUGGGAAAGAGCCUGCUAAGUGUGUGACAAGCAGCAGAUGUGAAUCUGGUCACACUGAUGUGCCAGACAACUUAGGUGCUCCCCUCACAGAAUCUGUGCGUGGGGAGUUGCCGCCGAGUGAGGAGCAAUACCUGCGAGAGGCACGUGAUUCAGCCCUCAUGGAGCUCCUCAAGCAGCACAGCAGCCACUGGCAGGUGUACAUGUUUGUGAGGGAUUGCCUGGAGAAGGUCAUUCCUGAUGAGCUUUGGGGUUCAAAUCACAACAAGUGCCGGUUUCUAAAAAAUGUCAAAGUGUUCAUUUCCAGGGGGAGGUUUGCUAAGGUUUCAUUGCAGGAGUUGAUGUGGAGGAUGAGAGUGAAUGACUGCAUGUGGCUUCGUCUAGGCAAAGGUGAUCACUUUGUUCCUGCCGAUGAACAUUGUUUCCGUGAAGAACUUUUGGCCAAAUUCCUGUACUGGCUGAUGGGUACCUAUGUUGUUGAGUUGCUCAGAUCAUUUUUCUAUAUCACCGAGACCAUGUUCCAGAAAAACAUGCUCUUCUACUACCGAAAGUUUAUCUGGGGCAAGUUACAGAACAUUGGAAUUAGAAACCAUUUUGUCAAAGUACAGCUACGGCCUCUGUCUUCAGAGGAGAUUGAAACUAUCCGUCAAAAAAAAUUUGUUCCUAUGGCAUCAAAGCUCCGGUUUAUUCCAAAACCAAAUGGGUUGAGACCCAUAGUAAAAGUGAGCGGUGUUGUCGAACCACGAGCACUCAGCAAGGAAAGCAGAGAAAAGAAGAUGAAUCAUUACAACACUCAACUAAAAAAUCUGUUUAGUGUCUUAAAUUAUGAACGGACUAUAAACACCAGUUUUAUAGGCUCUUCAGUGUUUGGGAAAGAUGAUAUCUACAAGAUAUGGAAGCAGUUUGUUACAAAGAUUCUUGAAUCUGGUGCUGAAAUUCCUCAUUUCUACUGUGUAAAGGCUGAUGUGUCCAGGGCUUAUGAUACCAUUCCUCACAACAAACUGGUGGAAGUGAUUUCGCGGGUCCUGAAGCCUGAGAAGAGAACUGUGUACUGCAUACGGCGCUAUGCUGUGAUUAUGAUUACCCCAAGUGGAAGAGCCAAGAGGCUCUAUAAGAGACAUGUUUCUACCUUCAAGGACUUUAUGCCGGACAUGAAGCAGUUUGUGUCCCAGCUUCAGGAGAAUGACUCAUUGCAAAAUGCUAUAGUAGUUGAGCAGAGCUUAACUUUCUAUGAGACAAGUUCCAGCCUGUUUAAUUUUUUCCUUCAAAUGAUACAUAGCACCAUUCUGGAGAUUAGGAACAGGUACUACUUACAGUGCUGUGGAAUUCCACAAGGCUCCAUUUUGUCAACCUUACUUUGCAGCUUGUUCUAUGGAGAUAUGGAAAACAAAUGGCUCUCUGGAAUAAAGCAGGAUGGAGUCCUAAUACGUCUCAUUGAUGAUUUUUUGCUGCUUACACCACAUUUAAUGAAGGCAAGAACUUUUCUAAGGACUCUAACAACAGGUAUUCCUGAGUACGGCCUUUUAAUAAACCCAAAUAAGACAGUGGUGAAUUUUCCUGUUGAUGAUAUCCCAGGAUGUUCCAAAUUUAAACAGCUGCCAGAUUGUCGUUUGAUCCCAUGGUGUGGUUUGUUAUUAGAUAUAAAAACACUUGAGGUUUACUGCGAUUACUCCAGUUACACCUGUACUUCUAUCAGAUCAAGUCUUUCCUUCAAUUCAAGUAUAACAGCUGGGAAAAACAUGAAAUACAAACUGAGUGCAGUCCUCAAACUGAAAUGUCAUAGUUUAUUUCUUGAUUUGCAGAUUAACAGCCUUAGAACAGUUCUCAUUAACAUCUACAAGAUAUUUUUACUCCAGGCUUACAGGUUCCAUGCCUGUGUUCUCCAGUUUCCAUUCAGCCAGCAAGUUAGAAAAAAUCCUGAUUUCUUCCUAAGGAUUAUCUCUCAGACUGCAUCAUGCUGCUACGCUAUCCUGAAAACAAUAAAUGCAGGGAUUGCUAAAGAUAACAAAGGUGUAUCUGGCAUAUUCCCUAUUCAGGUAGCAGAAUGGCUCUGCUACCAUGCCUUCACUGUCAAACUGUUAAAUCACAGAGCUGUUUACAAAUGUCUGCUUACAUCCUUAAAAGUCUGUAAGAGGAAGCUGAUCAGGAGGAUCCCAGAGGAUACUGUGGCACUACUGCAGGCAGUGACAGAACCAUCUCUUUGUCAAGAUUUCAAAGCUAUCCUGGACUAACUGAUUGAGGUUUAUUUCAUAAUUUUCUCAGGUUUGAAAAUAAAUGCUAUGUAUUUAGGUGACUUCUCUGUAAUUUAUUUUGGUAGAGUGGGCCAAAAGCAAGUUCACCCAGAAGUUUUAUGUGUUUGUUUCUCAGAUACCCUGCAAGGACAUAAAAAGAGCAGACAGUUUUGUUAAUACCUUCUUGUUUGGAUUUUUUUUGUUUGUAGGUUGUUUUUUUUGUAAAUUCACAGGCUGUUUAAAGUAAUUUACCUGAUUAUGUUCCAUGAUUCUUAUCUUCUUGAUGAAGGAAUCAUUAAACUAUGUUUUGUACAAAAUUAUUAACUUUCUUGUUUCAAUGAGUUGUCUUGAAGGGCUGUUUUUUAUUUCUCUGUGUUCCAGCCAAUUUUGUAAUAAAUUGGCUGGUUAAUUGCAAUAACACAUGUUUGCAAGGCCUUUCUUUUAUAGUAAUCUUUAAUAUGCUGGUUUAUGUCACAAAAAGCAGUUACCUGCACAGGGCAAAUGCAUUUCAUGGCAAGAUGUAGAGGCUAGAAAUGUUAUGCUUUACAGAUCACAAAUAAUAUAUGUCAAAAUUUCACUGUCCAAGCUGAGUAUGUUUGGUGUAUGUUUUAUUUAUUUUGAAUACUUAUUUGGUGGGUAAAGUUGAUAUUUUUAAUACAGUGUUGUACAGAAUGAUGCUGGUGCAUUUAUACCUACAAAAGAGAAGUUCUUGAUUAGAUAAUAUACCAAGUAUAUUGCUUUUCUAUUUGCAUAUCUUUGGCUCUCCAAAACCAAGUUUUUUACGAGGACAUAUAGUGGUAGGAAAAGGGAGAAUGGCUUUAAACUGGGAGUUGGUUUAUGUUCAAUAUAAGGAAGAAAUUCUUUACUCUGAUGGUGUUGAGGUUGCCCAGAGAAGUAAUGGUUGCUUCAUCCCUGGCAAAUCCCCACCACAGAGGGACUGGUGGUUGAAUUGCAGUAUUGCAGUCUGCCUUUUAACAUCAUAAAUCAGUUCAAAAUGUACAGUCAAUCAUACAGGUUUGGGGGUUUUCUGUCUGCAAAGUGUCACUCUUAAAAUACAUUUUAAAAAAGUCACAGAGCAAUUGUUCCAACUAGAGAUGAAGAACAGCACUCUUGCCCUCCAGCCAGCAGCUCAAACAUUUAAAAACCCCCAUGCCCCUCAGGGGUCUGAGUGAUACUGGAUGAGGGAGCACUAUCAGAAACAACAUUGCGUAAGAGAGGCCUGGCAGUGCAGAAAGCUUUGUUUUAUGGGAUCGUGUGGCAGGAAGAGGCAGCAAGAUGCUCCAACAUGAAAAAAGGAGGGAGUGUAAACUUCACCAAUGGCUUGGAUUAGCCCAUCUUUCUCUGUGAGAAUAUAAACUUAUGAUGUGGUCUCAGCUGAAUGUGUAUUUUGUAAAAAUGAAAACAGGGUAAUGCUUGCAAUUCUCUGAGCUGAUGUUUGAGCCUUUCCCCACAAUUACUGGCUGAAUCAUCAGUUUUAAAGAGUAGCUGUUUAUCAAGAGAUACAAAUACAGUGUAGAAAUCACAAGAGAAGAUUUUUUUCAUUAAAAAUAUCCUUCCCCAAAAAAGGCUAGGGAAAGUAAAGUGAAACUGGUAUGUGUUUUAGCAAGUGGAGAAUUUGGAGAUUUGAAGAAGAGCUGGCAGUCUGUACUGGAAACUUGAAGUUGCUGCUGUGGCUUAUGAUAAUUGGAAAGAAAAUACUCUGAGUAUAUGUGUAAGGAAUAGAUUAACCAUGGCAGAGGCAUACAGUUUUUUGCUCUAAAAAUAGAUGUUUAUAAUGUUGGGAAGGUAGAAGUAUUCCAUAAAGCUAUUCUGGCACAGAACUCUUCUAAAAGAAAUAGUGUGAUCCAUUGUGGUGGUAAAAUAUAUUCUACCUAAUUGGUAGCAAGGCAAUGUGUUAAACAGCAACUGCUGACAGGAAACGUUUGGGUAGAGUGAAUAACUUGAAUCUAGAAGUAUUAAAUGAAUUACCUUAGGAGGGUUCUGAAUCUGUAAUGUGGAUUUUCAGCAAUCAUUGUACAGCUGGGAAAAUUUCAAAAUCUUUGAGAGUUGUGGUGAGGGUUAAGGUCUCAGUAUUUAAGAGAAGGUAAGUAGAGGAAUUGAGAGCCAAACCACUGAAGGUAACUCUCUGCGCUGCAAGUGUUGCAAACUACUCAGGAAGUUGAGCUUGCUGGAGGGUUUAAAUGGGGAGGGGGAGAAAUAGGGCUGAACAUUGUUUUUAGUGUGUCUACAGAGCUGUAAGGAAGGAAUUAGACAGAAACCCCUCUAGGGGAGAUCACAGUAUCUUGGAUGCAUCCAUCAAACAAGUCCUCUCACUGUUUCCAUUUGGGAAGGAAAUAUGGACUGGGAAUCUCAGGCUGAGGUAUGUGUCAAAUUUCACAAUGUAGGAAACUCCUCUGUGUUCCAGAAGGAUUGUGCUUUUCUUUCUGCAUCUGUUUUCUGUUUAUUGUAUUAUGAUAAUUUGGAUGUGUCCUUAUUUAUAGUGCUGUUCCAAUGCUCCUUCUGAGGCUUUUUCCUUUAAAAGGCAAUUGAUCUCCUUGUUUUAGGGCUGUGGAUUCUGGCUAAGGCUGAACAUCACCAUAGCUGUGUUUGUGUCUUUUACUGAUUUACCCCCAAAGAACCCAGGUGGUUCUUGCAGCCUAGACAAUUCUAGGAAAGUCUUGUCUUUCAGAACAUUAUGAGUUCACAGCAGGGUAUUUAGAGCAAAGAAGAUUUGGUGGAAUAUGGAAAUAAAAGAUUGGGAAAAGAGUGAGUGGAAGGUGUUUGCAUACAUGUGCUCCCUCAACAGAAAAGCAGUGCUCAUGCAAGAGUUGCUCAAUGCAUUUUUUUACAUGCCUACUUGAGCUAAACAGUAACUUCAGCUUGUGUUUCCCAGCCAUCAUUUGUAGUUAGUGGAGCUGAAAAUUGUUCUCCCCCAGAGUCCUGUCCUGGGUUGAACUGCAUGUCCGGUGAUCCAUAAAGUCUUCCUUCUGCUGAAUGGAAGGGACAGCUCAAAAGUCAAGCCUGGGUACUGUGACAGUGACUCAAGAUGGAUUUAUAGAUUUGAAAGUCUUUUAGAUCUAGUUUAAUUAUUUUCUCAGCUUCUCUCUGUAUUAGUUGGAUAUGUUUUUGUUUAAGAACAGAACUCUGAAUACUUAAACUUUCUGCGUAUAGUUGCCUAUAAGAUUUUAAUGAACAUUAAGCUAUCUGUAGUCAGAAAUGUGAAUAUGAAACGUAUGCUUUAGUUAGUUAAAAAAAAAUUUUGGUGUAUUGACAGCUUUAUAACCUUAAUCCUUUCUCUUUCUUGAGUCAGCUACUCACCCUGAAGGCAUUGUCGUACUUUAUCCUCACAUACUUUCUCCAUAUUUUUUCAGAGGCUGCUGAUUCCUUAAGUACUGUGACAAGAGGAAUCUUCAUCUCCCAGCACUAUAGAGUGGCCAGGAUCAGCAGCCAAAUACAGGAAAUCCUGUUUUUCAGUAAACAUUUAUUUCAUUGUCAUGUCCUGUAAGGUUGCAGUUCACGGAAAGACUGCUAUACAUCUGCAUUUAUGUUAUGCUAUUCAGCUGUUGUGUUUAGUAUGAGAAAUAAAGGGGGGGAAAAAUGGGGACUUUUUUUUUUACAGUAUUUUCCACUACAAUAAAUUCUGGAAUCUGCUAGGAUAUUUGUGCAGAAUUA